UCGGCCAGACCUCCGGUCACAUAGAGAACAUGAGGACCUGCAGGAUGAGGGCUUGGAGGAUGCAAGUGGCAGAGCUGAUUCUUCUCGGUGCUGCUCUGGGGUGGCUCAGGGUGCCCGGCUGCAGAAGCGAAAGGUCACCCUCUCUUGAGUCACAUGCACGUAACAAUGGCACAAUCAAGAGCAGGCAGACGAGGAGUGUGGGUGUUGCACCUCUACCUAUCGAUUGUGAAUUGUCCAGCUGGUCCUCCUGGACCACAUGUGAUCCCUGUCAGAAGAAAAGGUACAGACAUGCCACAUUGCUCCGGCCAGCUCAAUUCUAUGGGGAACCGUGCAACUUCGACAAGGAGGUCCAAGACUGUGUUACCAACAGACCAUGCCGAAGCCAAGUGCGAUGUGAAGGCUUUGUGUGUGCCCAGACAGGACGAUGUAUAAACCGCAGACUCCUUUGCAAUGGGGACAACGACUGUGGAGACAGGUCUGAUGAGGUCAACUGUAAAAAGAUCUCACACAAGUGUCAGCAUGAAGUGGACCAAUACUGGGCAAUUGGCAAUCUGGCCAGUGGAAUAAACCUAUUCACCAACACUUUUGAGGGCCCAGUUCUUGAUCACAAGUAUUAUGCUGGUGGGUGCUCCCCACAUUACAUACUCAACACCAGGUUUCGGAAGCCAUACAACGUGGAGAGUUACACUGCGCAGACUCAAGGCAAAUAUGACUUUGCGCUGACAGAGUAUGAAUCGUACUCAGAUUUUGAAAGUAAUGUCACAAGUAAAACCACUAGUGCUUUUAGCUUCAAAUUUGGUUUUAAAUUACCUGGAAUAUUUGAACUUGGCUUGAGCCACUCCAGCUCUAAUCUCAACCAUUUUAUCAGCAGAAUCAAACGAUUUUCUCAUACCGAAAGCAAGUUUCUGCAUGCACGCUCUGAGCUGGAAGUAGCACGAUACAAGCUGAAGACCCGGAGCCUCAUGCUGCACCCCGAGUUCCUCCAGAGGGUGAGGCAGUUGCCCCUAGAGUACAGCUAUGGGGAGUACAGGGACAUCCUCCGCGACUUCGGCACCCACUACAUCACAGAGGCCGUGCUGGGGGGCAUCUAUGAGUACACCCUCAUUAUGAACCGGGAAGCCAUGGAGAAACAAGAUUACUCUUUCAAGGAUGUCAAUGACUGUGCCCAAUAUGGAGUUAAGAUUGGUGGAAACAUUAAAGGUUUCUACGUAAGUGUGGGAGUGUCGGCAGGCAAAUGUGACGGUAUUCUGAAUGAAAUAAAAGACCGAAACCAACGCAAGACCAUGGUGGAAGACCUGGUUGUCCUUGUCCGAGGAGGGGGAAGUGAGGACAUCACCUCCCUGGCAUACCGGGAACUGCCUACCACGGAGCUGAUGCAGAAGUGGGGAGAAGCCGUGCAGUACAACCCAAAUAUUAACCAAAUUAAGGCUGAGCCUCUGUACGAGCUGGUGACGGCCACAGACUUCGCCUACUCCAGCACUGUGAGGCAGAAUAUGAAGCAAGCCCUGGAGGAGUUCCAGAGAGAAAUCAGCUCCUGCCACUGCGCGCCCUGCCAAAGGAAUGGGGUCCCCGUCCUGAAAGAAUCCCGCUGUGACUGCAUCUGUCCUGCUGGAUCCCGGGGCACUGCCUGUGAAGUCUCCGCCCGCGAAAAUGUCCUUAUUGAUGGGAACUGGAAUUGCUGGUCAAACUGGUCCUCUUGUUCAGGAGGACAGAGAACAAGACAGAGACAAUGCAACAACCCACCUCCUCAGCCUGGGGGCAAUCCCUGCUUGGGACCCUCUUCAGAAACUCAGACCUGUUGAGGAAAGUAAAGCUUCUGGCUGCUGAAGGGUGGUGGGCUACGUGCAUUGUAAGAGCUUGAGCCCUUGGGAACUCAGGCCAGCU